GCUGCGGCGACUAUGUACGAUUGCUAUCCCUUCAAUCACCUCUAACGUCAGUCGUCGUGUCGGUUACUGCAACUGGUUGUUAUUGGGCUCAAUUGCUUUGUUGUCAAUUUCCGAGGACGAAUGGGUGGCCACAUACCACUUUGAUACACUUCUCGAACAGUACAAGAAGCGCAAAGACAUACACGAACAAUACAGAGUGACGACUGUCAGGCUCGUGGCUGACGGGUUUAGCGGCGCUGUGCCUCACUUCUGUCGGUCAAUCGUGUCGGAUGAUACGGUCUCCCCGGAGUACACCGCGUCUUGACAAGUCGCAUGGACUUCGGAGAUGGCGUCUCUUACUCCUUCUAGACCGAGCCAAGAACCCUUGAUGGGCUUCCCUUUUCUGAAACCAGAUGAAUUUGACUAUGGGUGUCGUGUCUUAUGCGACCGAUUCCACGCAUGGCAGAUCUCAAGUUCGGACACAGGGUUGUCGAUUCGGUUUGUACAUCAACAGGUAACAAGUGAUUCGAUGCUCAAGAUAUCACGGCAUAUUGAAAAUAUCGGUGUUCACGGCGAAGAAAAUGCAUUAGUGUAUGAGCCCGAGAAUCUUCAAGAACUGCAGCUGGAAGACGAUUCCGAACAUGAUCCUGAAACUCUCAUUCGUGCAAUCGAACCCAAUGCAUCCUUACAGGUGGAUUAUGAUAUCGCCCUCUCUCCCACGUAUCAAGUUCCCGUCCUGUACUUCACGUUACGGUGGAUAAAUCACAAAGGUCCAGUGCUCGGAAUAGACGUGGUUUACCAGUACUUGGUGCCGGACGAGUAUCGAAAGCAAUUGAAGAGUGUCGGUAUUAUAGGUGGUAUCAGUUUCGAUUAUCAUCCAAUAACUGGCGCGCCCACCUUUUUCGUCCAUCCUUGCAAUACUGCGGAUGCCAUGAGACACAUCGCAGGGGGGCAGGAUGUCACACCCGAGACGUAUCUCGUCAUUUGGCUCGGGUUGGUAGGACAUUGCGUUGGCUUGCAUAUGCCGUCUGAGCUUUUUGCAACGGAAGCAGGUGCAAGAACCACAGAACGCCUUGGACAACAAUAACUUUUGAAGCAGACAGAGUAAAAGUCAUCUUCGCUCUUCUCUUUUCUUUCAUUUGUCUCCCCUUUCCCUUUGCCCUCUCUCCGUCCCCCCCUGAAAUCGGCCACACACGAACGUGGUGGACCCAUAUUAAUCUUCAUCCGACGAUGCUUCCAUUGGAACGUCGCUAUCCUCAUCCAUCGGUGUCUCCUCAUCACUUUCUUCCUCGCGCUGUCGCUUAACUCCUUGGGCUGCUUGUGCCUCACCAUUGACUCCACUAGUGGGCUUAGGAGGCAGCGCUGUCGAUCCGGGAGGACCGCUGAAUAUCGAUUUCUGCAGGUCUGUCGAAACGCCGCCGACUGGGGCAGUCGGAGCCGGGAGGUUGUACGUGCCACGUAGUCUAGCAAGGACAUCCGAACUUCCCUUGGCAUAAACGAUUUUCAUUUCUUUACC